AUGAAAGAUCUCCACGAAGCUCUACUGGGUCCUACUCCGAAAGGUAUUUCCGAACACGCCCUGUCGGAAACCACGGCUCGAAAUGAGGAGAGUGUGCGCCAAAGCAUUGCUCGAGGGGAGGAUCUUGUAGAACUUCGAGGAGCGGCAUUCCAUAAUCGAACAUGGGUCAUCAGCGAUCGCUUCUGCAAUGUUGGCGAUGGCGUCGACUCUCUUGAGGGCUAUCUUCAUGAUCUUUGGCACAUGUACUAUCAGGUGGCCCGCCAUACAUCCCAUGAAACGCCCGAACAUGACCGAGUUGUUCUAGACAUACUCAAGAUCCAGGGACGUGGGGCUUUAACCAGGCCCGUGCCGGGUCUCUUUGGGGUCGACAUUGCACGAACAGUUGAAGGCACGCUGUGGAAUGAUCUACCCUUCUUGGCCACUGAUAUGACCAAGUUCUGGAUCGAUAACGGCGCAAAGCUUUCGAGUGCGCAUCGUAUCAACUUUGCGUCUUUCCUGGCCAAGCUGGCAGCAACACGCGUCAGCAAGGACAGGAUGUGCCAGAUUGCCCUUGUUCUCUUCCGCUCUACCCUCGAACAACCUCGAGAGCUUAACACGGGUGAAGGAUCUGACCAAGAGGACAGAAGCCGAGACAUGAGGGAGCUAGACCUUAUCCACCUGCUGCCAUCUGUCUCAGUUUGGAUCAAGGAGGCCGGCUACAAUCUGAUUCAACUGUCAGAUGUGUCGUGGAAUGAUUGUCCCAGCGCGAUUGGUGAGGGUGGUUCCAUGUUCGUCGAGUCAGAGCUUGGGAAACGAUGUCCGUAUGGAUUCACACCUUGGCGAUGGAUGUACUGGCUCAAGCGUUUGUACGAGAUUAGGGAUGAAGCAAAGGAGGCUAAAGAGGGACGCCUAGAGGAGUAUGCGGUUGAUGCUCUUGAAUCAAUGCUCGGGGCCGUGGUAGAGCGAAACUCUGAGAUUCUGAGAGCUUAUGAAAAUGCCGGCAAGGACGUGCAUGAGGAUAAAUAUCUGUCUUGCUUGAAGGAUGCAGCUCAGAGCUUGGAAGAGCUGGCCAUGGGCCGGAUGGAUGACGAUGAGGAUACGGACUAG